UCGCACUCAGCUCGGUUUCACCUGCGCCCCCUCCCCUCUCUCCCUCUCUCUCUCUCUCUCUCACCCACGGACUUUGGUAUGUUUCGGACCUUCCACGCCUCUCCACCCCCCAGCUCAGAGUUUCUGCCGCCCAUUUUUGAAGGCUGUCGCUCGGACAGACGGGAGCUCGUUAUUUGUCUCAGCUCAGGAGGAUAGUUCAGACUCAGAGCUGCUUCGUCAUCAUGAUGGAUUCCUCUCUUCUUCUGUUUGCUCUCAUGACCGCCGGGACCCUGUUCCAAGUGUGGGCUACAGAGAGUGUGACUGGACUAUAUGGGGAGACCAUUGUGGUACCAUGCAACGGUGGAGCUCCAGCACCAGAGGAUCUGAUGUUCAUCAAGUGGAAAUAUGAGAGAGAUGACGGCACUCCUGGUGAUUUGCUGAUCAAACAGGCCCGCAGUGAGCAGGCCACUAUUCAGGCCACGGAUGAUUACGCUGAUCGGAUCAGCACCAACAAGGAUUUCAGCCUGCUCAUCAGUCAGGCCACACUCGACGACCAGAAGACCUUCACCUGCAUGGUGGUGUCAGACACCAACCUCAUGGAGUACCCCACCUCUGUGGUGGUUAACAAGAAACCAUCCUCAGUGCAGAUCCUGGACAAGCCUGAGGCUCUGCAGAAGGACAAACUUUUAACGUUGGGAACGUGUGUCGCAGCAGAAGCACACCCUGCUGCCACAAUCACAUGGGCGAGGGACGGAGAGCCUCUGGUAGCUGAUGGGAAAGCUGUGGUCAUCACCCCCAGCAUGAAGCUUGACCCAGCCACAGGCCUGUCCACCACCACCUCCAUCCUCCAGUAUGCAGCCACCAAGGAGGACAUGGGUGUCAUCUUCACCUGCGUGUCCUCACAUAAGCUGGCCAGUCAGGACGCUGAAGCAGGACCCUUCCCCGUCCACUAUCCUUCAGAAAAGGUUAGCCUGCAAAUAUUAUCCAAGGGGGCCAUAGUGGAAGGAGAUGACGUGACGCUGAAGUGUCAUGCUGAUGGGAACCCUCCACCCACUUCUUUCUACUUCUCCAUGAAGGGCCAGAAAGAACUGGUGGAAGACUCAGACACCUACACUUUAGCGUCCAUCAGCAGAGAGGCUGCAGGAGAAUACAGAUGCUCUCUGGUUGACAAUGAGAACUUGGAGGACGUCCAGACUAUUUCUGUGAGCUAUCUGGACCUGAGUCUGAGUCCCUCUGGGAAUGUUGUGAAGACCAUCGGCGACUCUCUGAUUGUGAAGAUGGAGAAGAUUUCCUCAGAAGAAGCUGACGUGACCUGGACAAAGGAUGGUGAGCCAGUGGAGGAGCCAGAAUUUGAUGAGUUGACCUAUGCCGAUGCAGGCGUCUAUGUCUGUGAGGUUUCCAUGGAAAGCCUCUCUCGCCGCCAGAGCUUUGAGUUAGUAGUAGAAGGAAAGCCUGCGAUCACCAGCUUAACCAAACACCGCGCUGAUGAUGAACACAAAGUCCUGACCUGUGAGGCUGAAGGAGCACCAGAGCCCAGUUUCCAGUGGAGUGUCAACAGCACAAAUGAGGAGAGCUCCUACGUCAAUGGCAAGGCCAUCCACAAAAUCACAGUGGUCCCAAAGGUGAAUCUAACUGUCACCUGCAGAGUCACUAACAAGCUGGGAGAAGACUUCAAGACCAUCAACGUGUCCUCAGUUGUUAAAGAGAGAAAAGAGAAACAAGACUCCAAGGGGGAUUCAGGGGACCAAGCAACACUCAUUGUAGGGGUCGUGGUCGGACUUCUCAUAGCUGCUGGUGUGGUGGGACUGAUCUACUGGCUGUACAUGAAAAAUUCAAGGCAAGGAAGCUGGAAAACCGGUGAGAAGGAGACAGGCACGCCUGAGGAGAGCAAGAAACUAGAGGAGAACAAUCACACGGUUUAAGGCAACUCAGGCUUCAUGGGACAAGAGGUGAAAGAAAACGGCGUAAUAACCCAUAGAGACUUCCAGAUGGCUGCUGAUGAUCAGUCAGUCUCCACUUUCAAAGAACCAAAGUCUUGCCUCCAGCCUGCUGCCCCCCUCACACACACCCACACACACCCACACCCACACACACACACCCACACACACCCACCCCCACACACACACACACACACACACACACACACUGUCUGAAGUGUGCACUGAGGCUGUGUCGUUCUGUUUGUUUGUGUUCCUGGUGAAUACUCCGUUAAUGUGUAGUUCUGUGAGGCUCUGUGGUUGGAGUUAGUUCUUUUUUCUGUUGUUCUCUUAAGAAUGUGACUUGUACACUUUAUAAGGCUUGAACAAACAUUAGGAUUCUGUGUCUGUGCCAGCUGAGCACUGGCUUCCUGUGUGUGGAUGUUGUCAGACACGUCACUGCUGUAAACCCUACUGAAACUGUCCUCAGACUUUUACCGAGGUAACCUCAUCAGAUUUGACGGGUAAAAGACGAUUAAAACACUGAAAAAACCUCCUGAACAUGGAUGGAGACCCACAGUCAGACACAGUCGGAGCAAUAGUCACCAUGUUCUUAUAGGUUCAUGUACAAGUGCCAAGUGUGACAUGAACCACUGUGGUUCAGAUUCAAGCCUUUGAGAUCUUUGUUGAAUGAUUUUAGUUUUCAACUGAUUAAAUUUGGAAAAAUAAGAAUUCAUAGAUAUAGAGAAACCUUGCAUCAUGUUUAAUACAUGUUCAUGCUCCUUCUGAGUCUGAUACACUACCUGUCUGUCUGUCUGUCUGUCUGUCUGUCUGUCUGUCAUUGCUUUAGAUUACAUUUAUUUCCUCUUUCAUGUUUUUCUUUUUUUUGGCAAACUGAUGCCAGGCCUGAAUUGAGAGAUUGUUUUUGGAUGUAUUUAUAAUGUGUGACCUAACCAGCAAUACUGCAGCUUACAAUACAAUCUUAUUUUAAGUGAAGGUAUUAAAGCUGCUGAAUGUUACAGGACAGUAAAAUAUUCAAGAACGCUGGUUAUUCUCAGUCUAGCAGGACUUUAAGCUCAGAGAUGUGAAGGAGGACCCAAACUGAGAUCAGUAAAAUGUUUCUAGAUGAUCCGGAUUCACAUCUCUUCAUCUUCAUUGAGCCGCUGUAGAAGAGACCGUUUAAGAAGAAUCAUCAUGAGUUCGCAUUUUACUAAGGUUAUUAUUGUACAGUUUGACACAUUCACAUAUUUAUGGUUUAUGUUUCUCUGAUAUUUUGAUUUUCUGCUUUGAUGUUGAAACAUCAGUGACUAAACUCAAGAAAUGUUGCCAGGACCUUUCUGUGGAACAGUUUAGUUUUUCCUCUAAAUUCAGAAUAACUUUUGAUUCUCUGGUUGUCUAAACUGUGUAGAAGUUACUGGAAGCCAAACCUAGAAUUUUCACAGCCAAACUUUUUCUCACUAAAUGAAGUUUGCAAAACUGUGACAAGAAUAAUAUUUCAGUUUAGUUGAUUUCAAGUCAUCCGGUAAACAGUGAAGCCAAAGAGAGAAGAAUGUGGUAAAGAAUACAGUUUAUGUUUCUUUUUUGUUUUUUUACUGUUAAUAAAGUGUACGUUUUAAAACAACACAUGCUGCUUUUUUUCUAACAAAAUUAUAUCCCUUCUGAGGUAUAAGAGGAAUCAGAUCAAAUGAAACCUUUUUAUUUGCCAUCAAGAGGAACAAGUGUGUGCGUGUGUGUGUGUGUGUUUUUUCCCUGUGCCCUGAGAGAUAAAAGAGGCAUCUCUGUGUUGUGCAUCCUUCUAUCAUCACCAGUCUCUCUUCCUUCAUUCCUUGUUAACUGUGGCUAAUCAGCCAAUCCCAGCAGCUAAAUGCAUUCAGACAUGCUAAAGUUCAAUCCAAGCAUCAAAAUGGAAAAGAAAGGGGAUAAAGAGUUAGAGUUUUUCUGCUAUUAUUUUGAUUAUGAAUUGCUUUGGCAAUGAAACCAAUAGAUUUACAUGCCAAUAAAGUUAUCUGAACUGAGUUCAUUAUUAAAGGAUAGCCCCUUGAGAUGCAGCCUCUCAUUUAUGAGGGGGUCCCAUUGACACAAAUACAACUUAGACGAUAUGAAACAACAUCCUCCAUAUUAUCAGAGACUGUGACCACCAUGAUAGAAAGGUUUA